UUUCUUGACCAACCAACAUCAAACCCUGCACUAUAAUAACCCAACUAUUUGUCACUUUGCGCCGAAUGUCAAUAACAAAAUCUGGGCUUUUGGAGCGCUCUCGCAAUACCCUUUUUGUCUUCCCACAAACUGGAAUUGCGUUUCAAUGGCGAUAACGAGUGGCUUGGCAACCUCUUGUGCAGUUGCAGGCUUAAAAUCUAAGGCAAAAUCAGGUGUCAGUUUGCUUUUCAGUUCUUCAGCUUCUUCUCUUUCUAUCGAUCGAUCGCUUAUUUUGGUCAUCAAGUUAGAUUUUUCUGCAGUCGUCGAAGCAUUAAGACGUUUGGUUUAUUGUACGAGAUCGCACUUGUUGAGCCCUAGAUGUGACGUUGGUUCGAACUCAGUGGUUAAAAAUGGUGAUAAGGAAUCCAAAGCUUCCAUUUUUGCAGCUUUCCGUCUUCGCAAGAAUCUGCUGCUGCUGAUAAUUGGCGGAGUAAAGGACCAGCUUGGAAGUCAUGGCCUGAGUUGGCAGGCGUGACAACAGAGGAAGCAAAAAGGAAGAAGAUAAAGGUGGAGAAACCAGAGCUGUACAUGCAUAUAAUUCCACUCCGUUCCUGUGUGAGAGAUGUUGAAAUCGUACAGCUCGAAAAUACAACUCGAAAAUAUUUUAGGGCAUGCUGUUGAUGAAGAAACUUUUGAAACAGAUUGCAAUAAUGAAGAAAUUCUUGGAGCAGAUUGGUGGAGUACACCAGCAGAGGAAGCAGAACCAGAGCUGGACAUGCGUAUAAUUCCGCCCUGUUACUCUGAUUUUGAUGUCCAUAUAAUUGCUGAUAAUGAAGAAACUUUUGGAACAGAUUGGCGGAGUAAACUAGCUGGGAAGUCAUGGCCUACGUUGGUUGGCCUGUCAACAGAGGAAGCAGAAAGGAAGAUAAAGGAGGAGAACCCAAAGCUGCACCUACAUAUAAUUCCAGCCAAUUCAAUGGUGACUUUGGAUUACUGUUCAAAUAGGGUCCGUAUCUUUGCUGAUAAAUAUGGAAAAGUUGCCUCGGUCCCUAGCAUUGGCUAAUCAUCUUCUCAAAAGAACUUAUGAACACUGAGGAUCAAAAUGCCUCUUUUGGUUUUCUCUGUGAACUAAUGUUGAACUACUGUGUCUAUUUCUCUGUCGUCUAUCCAAUCUGGUUUCUCCACGGAAUAUGAAUAAAGGCUGGGCAAAUAUACUAUUA